AUGUGCACGAAUUGGUUUCUGCCAAGAAUUGGGUCUACAUCGUGGGUCUACAAGAUAGUAAGAAACAUUUUUAUUUUAUUUUGUUGCUUUAGGAGAAGAAUGACCGGCCCCAUCAAACGCCGCGGCUACGUCUGUCUUAGCCGUUCAACCCCGCACAGCAGGUCCCAGGAACUCCCCAGCAGAUCCAGGACCUCCCCGGCAGUUCCAGGGCCAUGUCUCCACACGGACUUGCAGUAUUGUCCAUAACACCGUGAUUUCAAUGCCGUAUUCUCUGUUGUUUCAUCCCUGGCCAUAUCAUAUUUAAUAGAGAUGUUGUUAGUCUUUCUAUUGGCCUUAUGUUAAGCUUUAUUAUUGUUUACCUGUGUGUUCCCAAGAGGCAUUUUUAUUUAUUUAGUUGUGAAUUGGUAGCAAGAAUUAUUUUAUACCGAUUUAAAUGUAAAAUAUCUCUAUUUCCUCUCUUACGCCUUGUUAUUUUUUGGAUUAUUUGUUUUAAUAAAUUGUUAUUGUCAAGAAAAAUGUAUGGGAGUUGUGAAUAGUGCUUUAUACACUCGAAAUAUAUUCAAAACGGCAAACCGGAGCGCUAGAAAAAAAAAUUCCGCCGGAGUGGGCGGAGUCAAUUUGGGAGGUCGCAAAUCCACGGAUUUGCUACCUCCCAAUUCCGUGCCGUCGCAAAAACGCCGUUUUGCUACCUUCUCUCUCGCGGAGGAAGCGAAAACGCCGAUUCGCGACAGAUUUUUUUCGGAGGUCGCGAAAAGAAGGAUUCGCUACCGAGACCACGUUGCAAAUAGAUCAUUUCGCUACUUUUUGAAAUUGGUAGCGAAUCCAGCAAACAUUCUCGAGCUCGAGAAAAAAUUCUUAUUCCUUCGCUCUUAUAUCUUUUUUUUAAUAAGUCCAAAAUAAAAAAUUCUUUUUGCUUUCGAUUAGUAACAACAUUUUUAAGAUUUUUGUGACAAAAAACAUCAAAAUCAAAAAAAUUUAUUUUUUUGGCAUUUUUUGACCAAAAAAUAAAAUUCAAGAUUUUGAUGUCUUUUUUUCACGAAAGCCUUAAAAAUGUUGUUACUAAUCGAAAGCAAAAAGAAUUUUUUAUUUUGGACUUAUUAAAAAAAAGAUAUGACACGAUUUGUAAAAUUUGCUGAAAUUUGAAUUUUUGGGAUAGCGUUUUAACGCUUUGCCAAAAAUGGGGUUUUUUUUGUUUUUUGAUAGAAUAUAACGUAUUUUAUCAAAAUAUUUUCAAAAAUGGAUAAAGCCGCAAAACAAUAUGUAAAAAAAUUGGUUUAAAAUAUACUAAUAUGUUUAGGGUACUUUCGUGGUAACUUAUGGUAACGUUUGAUAACUUUCAUAAGAAUAGCACAUAUACAGAAAAACUCCUCUUAAAAUUUACUACUAUAUACCUUUUUCCAUUUUUGAAUUGAGCUAUCCUAUAAAAAAAUACGAAUAAAUUAAAAAAUCCGCAAUUCCUUUUGCAUCAACCUAUACGAUCUGGUAGCCACCGAUUUUUCUUACCCUGCCCAUCGCCUCCGAGGAAAGCCUUACCAGCUGGGCCAUUUUACCUCGCAUGACCCUCGGGUGUUUGCUGACAUUAAACUAGAAUAUUCUUAUUUUGGUCAAUGUAAGAUGUCAUUCAGAAAUUUCCAGGUUUUUAGAUGAUGCUCACAUUUUCCAUAUCAAAACCAAAAAGCUGACUAUGUACUUGGAUAACUUUAUUUUGUACGAGUAAGUUGGCUAGUAGUGGUGCCGUAUAGUGCGGACUUUUUGUCGCUGGUCGCACUUAAAAUGCGGAGAAAAAUCGCUGCGAGACGAGUAUGUGUUAUGAAAUGUCAAUUUUUAGCCUACCACCAAUGCCUCAUCUUGUAGAGUUAGAGUGUGAAUUUGGAACAGUCGGACUUAUGAUAAACAACGGAGCUCUUGAAUUUUACGGAGAAAUCAUUCAAAGACUGUUUGCAGCGGCGCCUAGUCUAAAUAGAAUUAUGUUGGAAUGCGGGGCUAGCGUUUUAGGGACCUUUACGGUAUGUAAACCGUACUGUAGAGAAGACGUCUUUUUUAGGAGCUCAGUGAAGACAGAGUAGCCGAUUUUUUCCGGGUAUUGGAGUCAACGCUGGACCUCUUUUCAAAACAUUUCGAAAAAAUGGAUGUCAAACUCGAUUUCGGUGUGAACCUCCCACAUUCGCUGUUGGUAAAUUGAUUUCUUGAUUUUAUUUGUUACACAGCUUGUAAACAGCGUUACGUCGCAUUUUUAGGACGAGCUUGACGCAAAGACUGAGCUUAUUGCUGCAAUCCCUGUUCCGAUGCUGUUUGACUACCAUCCGAACGAUCUUCACGCCGAUUAUUAUCUUAAAAUGCUGAAUGAUUUGUAUUACAGCAAACCGGACGUCCCAAAGCAUCUGCUGAACAAAGCUAUUGGGUUUGAAAUUCGGUUCAUGGAGGACGUUUAUUUUUCGUGGGGGGAUAGACUUAGAGUUAGAUGA